CGUUAAAAGAAGCUGGAGCUCCAGUCUUCAAAACUGCCUUCAGAUUUUAUUCUCGGCCCCAACCAACACAAAGGUCGACUUUCUCUUUCAUUCAGGGUUUGGUUUAUUAGCCAUCCCACCACACUUCAUCCACCCUUUUCCGCUUUGCUUCGCAAUUCGAAGUUCGUAGUUGCCGUAUCCACACCAGAGCAAGCUUCACCCCUCACCCGAUCGCCGCUACACACAACCGCCCAAUCUCCACCACCACAAAACUGCUGCAAACGGGCAAUAUGGAAGACUCCGUUGAGACUCAGGAAACGACGCUUGCGUCGAGGUAUGCGGUCUCGACAGAUUAUGCCAAGGAUGCCGCCGGGUUAGAAGUCCCCUAUGUUAGUCAGGAUGGUCAGCACGUUGCUACCAUGCUGCGCGGCCUUGAAGAAGGCGCGAAGAAGGGCAAGAGCCGCGGCCCGAGGAAGACAAAAUAUGCGGUCGAUUCGUCUCCGAAUGGAAUUACUGUCGAUUCGUGGCGCUUCCAGGAGCCCGACUAUAAGCGCCGGGACUUGCCCACUUACGCCCGCGGCUUGUUCACCACCAGGACCCAACACAAUGUCCCUGAGAUCGCCAUCCGUGGCUACGACAAGUUCUUCAACGUCAACGAGGUCCGCGAGACCUCGUGGGAGCACAUUAGGGAGCGGACCAAGGGCCCCUACGAGAUCAGUCUGAAGGAGAACGGCUGCAUCAUCUUCAUCAGCGGCCUGGAAGAUGACACACUGCUCAUCUGCAGCAAGCACUCGACCGGAGACCGGUCCGAUGUCGUUGCCAGCCACGCCAAGGUGGGCGAGCGACACAUUGAGCGCCAGUUGGGGAGUAUUGGCAAGACCAAACAAGAUCUGGCCCGGGAGCUGAGGAAGCGAAAUGCCACCGCCGUCGCCGAGCUGUGCGACGACAGCUUCGAGGAGCACAUCUUGGCUUACGGGCCAGAUAGGUCCGGCCUAUACCUACACGGCAUCAACAUCAACAUCCCCGAGUUUAUGACCUACCCCUCUCCAAUUGUUCAGAAGUUCGCCGAAGAGUGGGGUUUCAUCAAGACCGGCUUGAUUAUGAUCAAUGACAUCGAUGAGGUCAAGGCCUUCCUCGAAGAGGUCGCCGAGACGGGCGCUCACGAUGGCCGUGACGUUGAAGGUUUUGUCAUCCGGUGCAAGAUGACCAGCAACCCGGGUUUUGCACCUUACCAAGACUGGUUCUUCAAGUACAAGUUCGAGGAGCCCUACCUGAUGUUCCGGCAAUGGCGUGAGGCGACCAAGGCGCUUAUCUCGGGGAAACAGUUCAAGUUGAGGAAGCACGUCAAGAUCACUGAAGAGUACCUGUUAUACGCCCGGCAACGCCUCGCAGCCGACCGGUUCCUGGGGAAGGCCUACCUUCAGAACCAUGGAAUCAUCAAGCUACGAAACGACUUCUUGGCUCACAAGAACCUGAGAGGCACUGAUGCCGCCAACCUCGAAGACCUCGGUGAAGCCCCACCCGUCACUCGCGAUGUUAUCCUCGUUCCGAUCGCGACCCUCGGCUGCGGCAAGACGACUAUCGGCGUUGCGCUUACCAGCUUAUUUGGCUGGGGUCAUAUCCAAAACGACAACAUUACGGGCCCCAAGCGACCCCCGCGAUUCGUGAAGGCACUUCUAGAUCAGCUUGAUGACCACCACGCUGUGUUUGCUGACCGGAACAAUGCCAUGAAACACGAGCGCAAGCAGCUUCUCACGGACGUCAAGAUGCAGCACACGACUGCGAAAUUGGUAGCUCUCAAUUUUGUCCACGACGAUAUCAACACUAUCCGCCAGGUCACCCAGGAACGAGUCUUCGCACGUGGCGACAACCAUCAAACCAUCCAGGCCGCAACGGAUAUGGACAAGGUCGUCGGUAUUAUGGAGGGCUUUAUACAGCGGUUCGAGCCCUGCACUGCCGAGAGGGAGCCGGACUCCGGGUUUGAUGCCGUCAUCGACCUGGAUCCCACUGCCGGAUCGAGAGAGAAUCUCGAGAUCGUCAUCAAGGAGCUGCACCGCCAGUUUCCAAGCUUUGUCAAGGAGAUCCCCUCGGCCGAAGACAUGGACUUGGCCAUCCAGGGCGCACUCGACGGCUACAAGCCCGACCUGCGCCACAACAUCCCCGACCGCUCCCGGAGCGACUUCAAGAAGGGAAACAAGCAGCAACGGCAAGCCGCCGAGAAGCCUGAGAAGAAGAAACCGCUCGAGUACAUGUCUGUCGACUUGCCUACAAAGGACGUCCUCGCCGCCCUCGAGAAAAGCUUCCCAUCCAGCUUGCCGGCCGCCAAAACCCGCUUCUUCAAACAGCUCCAGGGCACCCGUCGGGUGCAGGCCAAGUUCCACGUCACGCUGAUGCACAGGGCCAGCGCCAAGGAAUACCCGGAGCUCUGGCAGCGUUACACAUUCCUGCAGGACACGGACGGGGCAAUUCACCCCGACGGACGGCUGGGCGACCUGGGCGUGGAGCUGGAGCGCGUCGUGUUCGACGACCGCAUCAUGGCCAUCGUCGUGCGCUUGGUCCCCACCAACCCGGAGGACGAGAACGUCAACGCCGGCAACCCAGCUCUGCCGGCCAAGCCCAAGUGGGAGUGCGUCAACCGCGUCGCCCACGUCACCGUCGGCACCCGCGACAACGGCGUCAAGCCCAAGGAGAGCAACGAUCUCCUCCUGAGGUGGCUGGAGAAGGGCAGCGGGGAGGACACGGGCAUCGGCGAGGUGCUGGUUGAGGGGAAGCCGCUCGUCAAGGGUGUCGUCAGGGGUGUGCUGUCGAGAUAGAAUCAAGACUCACACGUUCAGCCGAUUAAAACGCCCAGCGAAAAGUCGAGUGGAACGCCGAGUGGAAAUGCGAGUGAAAAGGCGAAUGAAAAGCUAAUUCACAAGCGCAAUAAGCGGCGGGAGCAACGGAGACGUCGACAGGAAAAGAAGGCGCGGGAAUAGGGGGUGGUGGUGUGAAUGAAGGAUGGGAGGCUGUCUUUUGGAGGCGUUUGGCAAUGGGUCAUCUCUACUUCGAUGUUUAGGUGAGAACACUCCGAGCUCGCUACUCCCAUUUUUGUAGAGUAAAACGUCCCCUCUUCGGAUAGGAAGAUCAGUAC